AGAUCCAAGAAUAAAUGUAAAGAUAAAAAAAUAAAGUGAUGGAGAGAGAAGAUAAAAGAGGAGGGAGAGGAUGGUUUGUUCGUAAAUGCAAAGCAAUGUCACAAGAAUAUGAGGAGGAGGAAAUAAAGAGCAAUAAUAAUAGCAAUCACAAUAAUAAUACUUGCACUGUAUCAUCAUCAGAGCAGUGGAAAUGUUCUGAAACUGAAGGCAUUCAGCUUGUUGUUUCAACACCUCCCCCUCAAAUUCACACUCAUUUACAAGCUCAAACCUUUAGUGAACCUCAAGCAACUCCAUUAGAUAAAGCCCAAGAAGAAGCAGAGCUUUUUCAAGAAGCAAAGUGUAAAACAGAGAUGGAGGGUAGUUCUGAUCAGGGGAGCAGCAAGAAGAUUGAUGAAGAUAAGAAGAAGCAGGCUGCUGCAGUUGGGUUUUUAGAGCUCUUCAGAUUUGCUGAUAGAUUAGAUUAUGUUUUGAUGAUUGUGGGCACUGUGGGUGCCUUUGUUCAUGGCUGUUCUUUGCCUGUGUUUCUUAGAUUCUUUGCAGAUCUUGUGAAUUCUUUUGGUUCUAAUGCUGACAAUAUUGAUAAGAUGACUCAAGAAGUACUCAAGUAUGCAUUUUACUUUCUUAUAGUUGGAGCUGCAAUUUGGGCUUCUUCAUGGGCAGAGAUAUCUUGUUGGAUGUGGACUGGAGAGAGGCAAACAACUAAAAUGAGGAUUGAGUACUUAGAAUCAGCUUUGAAUCAAGAUGUUCAAUUUUUCGAUACUGAAGUUAGGACUUCAGAUGUUGUGUUUGGGAUCAACACGGAUGCUGUCAUGGUCCAAGAUGCUAUUAGUGAAAAGUUGGGGAAUUUCAUUCACUAUAUGGCAACUUUUGUUUCUGGAUUUGUUGUGGGAUUUACUGCUGUGUGGCAAUUAGCUUUGGUCACACUUGCGGUUGUUCCUCUUAUAGCUGUGAUUGGUGCUAUCCACCAAAUUACAUUAUCUAAGCUUUCUGCUAAGACCCAAGAAGCUCUUUCUCAGGCCGGAAAUAUUGCGGAGCAGACAGUUGGUCAAAUUCGGAUGGUUUUCGCAUUUGUCGGUGAGUCCAGAGCUCUUAAAGCAUACUCGUCUGCUUUGAAGACUGCCCAAAGGCUCGGAUACAAGAGUGGAUUCUCGAAGGGGUUGGGACUCGGGGCUACGUACUUCACUGUCUUUUGUUGUUAUGCUCUUUUGCUUUGGUAUGGAGGUUAUCUGGUGAGGCACCAUUACACUAAUGGGGGACUUGCUAUAGCCACAAUGUUCUCAGUUAUGAUAGGGGGAAUUGCUUUAGGACAAUCUGCCCCAAGUAUGGCUGCAUUUGCAAAGGCAAGAGUUGCAGCUGCUAAAAUCUUCCUAAUUAUCGAUCACAAACCGAGUGUUAACAGAAACAGUGAAACGGGCCUGGAACUAGAAUCAGUUUUAGGACAAGUCGAGAUUAAAAACGUAGAUUUUUCAUAUCCUUCCAGGCCAGACGUACUAAUAUUAAACAAUUUUUCCUUAAGUGUGCCGUCCGGAAAGACCAUAGCUUUAGUUGGAAGCAGUGGAUCUGGAAAGAGCACUGUUGUUUCCCUCAUUGAGAGGUUUUAUGAUCCCACCUCAGGUCAAGUUUUAUUGGAUGGAAACGAUAUAAAGACCCUAAAGCUUAGAUGGUUGAGGCAGCAGAUUGGACUGGUGAGCCAAGAGCCAGCACUAUUUGCCACCACAAUUAAAGAAAACAUACUCCUGGGUAGGCCUGAUGCAAGCCUCGUCGAGAUCGAAGAAGCUGCUAGAGUUGCCAAUGCUCAUUCUUUUAUCAUCAAGCUCACUGAUGGCUAUGACACACAGGUAGGGGAGAGAGGAUUGCAACUCUCUGGUGGACAAAAGCAGAGGAUUGCUAUAGCAAGAGCAAUGCUGAAAAAUCCAGCAAUUUUGCUAUUGGAUGAAGCAACAAGUGCGCUAGACUCUGAGUCAGAGAAGCUAGUUCAAGAAGCCCUUGACCGUUUCAUGAUUGGUAGAACAACUCUUGUCAUUGCUCACAGACUAUCCACAAUCAGGAAGGCUGAUUUUGUUGCCGUCCUGCACCAGGGUAGCGUCUCUGAAAUUGGGACCCAUGACGAGCUCAUGUUCAAAGGAGAGAACGGGACUUAUGCCAAACUCAUUCGUCUGCAAGAAGUUGCACAUGAAACUGCCAUAAAUAAUGCUAGAAAGAGUAGUGCAAGGCCUUCUAGUGCAAGAAAUUCAGUGAGUUCACCUAUAAUCACCAGGAAUUCAUCCUAUGGACGGUCACCAUACUCACGUCGCUUAUCUGAUUUCUCCACCUCUGACUUUAGCCUAUCCCUCGAUGUAUCAUAUCCAGGUUACAGAAUUGAAAAGCUUGCAUUCAAGGAGCAAGCUAGUUCCUUCUGGCGGUUGGCAAAAAUGAAUUCUCCAGAAUGGCCAUAUGCAUUAGUUGGUUCAGUAGGUUCUGUUGUUUGUGGUACCCUCAGUGCGUUCUUUGCAUAUGUCCUCAGUGUUGUUCUUAGUGUUUACUACAAUCAAGACCACGCUUACAUGAUUAGAGAAAUUGAAAAAUACUGUUAUCUGUUGAUUGGUGUCUCAUCAGCCGCGCUGAUAUUUAACACACUGCAGCACUUUUUCUGGGAUGUAGUAGGAGAAAAUUUGACUAAACGGGUAAGAGAGAAAAUGUUGACAGCAGUUCUGAAGAAUGAAAUGGCUUGGUUCGAUCAGGAGGAAAACGAGAGCUCUAGAAUUGCAGCUAGGCUAGCUCUUGAUGCCAAUAACGUUAGGUCAGCCAUUGGGGAUAGAAUUUCAGUAAUCAUGCAGAACUCAGCACUUCUGCUAGUUGCCUGCUCUGUUGGCUUUGCUUUACAGUGGCGCCUAGCCCUGGUCCUCAUUGCCGUUUUCCCAAUUGUUGUUGCAGCCACUGUUUUGCAGAAAAUGUUCAUGCAAGGAUUUUCUGGGGACUUGGAAGCUGCGCAUGCCAAAGCCACACAAUUAGCUGGGGAAGCUGUUGCAAAUGUGAGAACUGUUGCGGCCUUUAAUUCAGAGUCCAAGAUUGUCAGACUUUUCACCUCCAACCUAGAAACUCCACUACGCCGCUGUUUUUGGAAGGGUCAAAUUGCUGGGAGUGGUUAUGGGAUAGCCCAGUUUUUACUGUAUGCUUCAUAUGCCCUUGGUCUUUGGUAUGCAUCCUGGCUUGUGAAGCAUGGGAUCUCUGACUUCUCCAAAACGAUCAGAGUUUUCAUGGUUCUAAUGGUGUCCGCAAAUGGUGCGGCUGAAACACUGACCCUAGCCCCUGACUUCAUUAAAGGUGGUCGAGCCAUGCAGUCUGUCUUUGACCUCCUUGACCGCAAAACUGAAAUUGAACCUGAUGAUCCAGAUUCCACCCCGAUGCCUGAUCGAAUUCGUGGAGAAGUGGAACUGAAACAUGUGGACUUUUCUUAUCCAUCCCGCCCUGAUAUGCCAGUUUUCCGCGACCUUAGUAUUCGGGCUCGAGCUGGUAAAAUUCUUGCCCUUGUUGGCCCUAGCGGAUGUGGAAAGAGCUCAGUCAUUGCACUUGUUCAGAGAUUCUAUGAGCCAUCAUCCGGGCGUGUUAUAAUUGAUGGCAAAGACAUUCGCAAAUACAAUCUCAAGACAUUGCGGCGUCACAUUGCAGUAGUCCCACAAGAACCAAGUCUAUUUGCAACAACCAUAUACGACAACAUUGCUUACGGCCAUGAAUCAGCAACAGAAGCCGAGAUAACGGAAGCAGCAACAUUAGCUAAUGCCCACAAAUUCAUUUCAUCAUUGCCAGAUGGCUACAAAACUUUUGUUGGCGAAAGAGGAGUUCAAUUAUCCGGAGGACAGAAGCAAAGAAUUGCCAUUGCUCGAGCUCUUCUAAGAAAGGCAGAACUAAUGCUACUUGACGAAGCCACAAGUGCACUAGAUGCCGAAUCUGAAAGGUGUGUGCAAGAGGCUCUGGAGCGUGCUUGCUCUGGAAAGACCACCAUCAUCGUGGCUCACCGCCUAUCCACAAUAAGAAACGCUCAUGUCAUUGGAGUCAUCGACGACGGAAAAGUGGCAGAACAAGGCUCACAUUCACAUCUACUAAAGAACUACCCUGAUGGCUGUUACUCACGUAUGAUACAGCUGCAGAGGUUUUCACAUGGGCAGGCUGUAAAUAUGGCAACAGGCUCAAGCUCCUCAACAGCACGCCCCAGGGAGGACCAAGACAGAGAAUGAAACAAAAUGAAAAGGGAACACAGAAAGGCCUACACCUCCCACUUCAUUAUUUUUUGUCUUUCUUGGUUAUUGUUAGUAUAGCAUGGCUGUUAUAUAUUUUUUACCAUUAUAUAUAUCCUCACUUCUGAUUUUUGUUUUCUGAA